AUGCCUUCUUACAAGACUUUCAAGAUUACAAGUUUCCUGGCCAAGAAACAAAAGCAGAAUCAGCCCAUUCUCCAAUGGAUUCCGAUGAAAACUGGCAAUAGAAUCAGGUAUAACUCCAAGAAGAGACAUUGGAGAAGAACCAACCUGGGUCUGUAA